AUGGAUACAGUGUGCAACAAUACAAUCCCAGUUUACAAACUCGGAUCGCCGCGAGUCAAAGACUACGCUCUAUUCAAAUCAACCAUUCCUACUGGCAUCACGAAUGACCUGUUGGUCGCCUCCGCGAGGCACCCCAUCUACGCAUCAGCAAUAUCGAACCUACCCGCAUACAAUGCGAUCACUCGAGGCUGGGCUCGACUUCAACCGUAUUGCGCUAUCAUGAUUUCUGCUGGACCGUUGUUCUUGACUAUGGUGGUGAAGGACUACUUACUCGAAUCUAAUUCACUACAUUCGAAGACUGCGGGCGUCGUCAAUCAAACUGAGCUGGCGCCCUAUAUCACCGAUCUUCAGAGCAGCUCGUGGCAUCAUGCUGAUGCACAAAUGUUUAUGUGGAUUGGAGAGCGACCGUGGCUGUGGUUUACCAUGGGGGCGUUUGUCCUCCUAGCUGGUCUUUACAUCAUCGAUCGUCUGUUACUGCUUGUCUACGCUCUGUUUCGAAAGGCUCCAUCGGAUAUCUACGGUAUCAAAUUGGAUAAAGCGGCAUAA